UUGCCGCCCCCCCCCCUCGCUGGGCCCCCGUGUAGAGCCGCCUUGCAGAGUUCAGUCGAGCUGGAAUGCGCUGUGAUGCGGAGCAGCACCGACUGUAGGAAACCAACGCAACAACUCGCACAGUAUGGACAGUCAUGAUCCGUAUUUACACCUAAACUCAACGGGGCCGAUGAGCACAGCCCAUUCCCACCCCCCACCAAUGGGUGGCAUGGUCGGCCACCCGUCAGUCAUCAGCACCUCUAGGCCCUUGCCGUCCCCCAUGUCCACCUUGGGCUCGCCAAUGAAUGGCCUGGCUUCGCCCUACCCCGUCAUCACUUCGUCCCUGGGUUCGCCAUCUAUAUCGCUGCCGUCCACGCCCAACAUGAACUUUGGACUCGGCAGUCCACAGAUGAAUUCUAUGAACAGUGUUAGCAGCUCAGAGGACAUCAAGCCUCCGCCGGGCCUGCAGAAUCUGGGAAACAUCAACUACCAGUGUACAAGCCCCGGGGGGAUGUCAAAGCACAUCUGCGCCAUUUGUGGGGACCGCUCCUCAGGAAAACACUAUGGUGUAUACAGCUGCGAGGGAUGCAAAGGCUUCUUUAAGAGGACUGUUCGCAAAGAUCUAACCUACACAUGUCGAGAUAGCAAGGAGUGCCUGAUUGACAAGCGCCAGCGAAACCGCUGCCAGUACUGUCGCUAUCAGAAAUGCCUGGCCAUGGGCAUGAAAAGAGAAGCGGUACAGGAAGAGAGGCAGCGAGGGAAGGAGCGGGGAGAGAAUGAGGUAGAAUCUACCAGCAGUUUCAACGAGGACAUGCCUGUGGACAAGAUCCUGGAUGCCGAGGUGGCUGUGGAGCCCAAAACAGAGACAUACAGCGACGGCAGCCCUGGCAACUCAACCAAUGACCCCGUCACCAAUAUCUGCCAGGCAGCAGACAAGCAGCUCUUCACUUUAGUUGAGUGGGCUAAGAGGAUCCCGCAUUUCUCUGAACUCCCCCUUGAUGACCAAGUCAUCUUAUUACGAGCAGGCUGGAAUGAGUUGCUCAUCGCCUCGUUCUCGCAUCGCUCAGUCACAGUAAAAGAUGGCAUCUUAUUGGCCACGGGCCUCCACGUCCACAGAAGCAGCGCCCACAGUGCUGGAGUGGGCUCCAUCUUUGAUAGAGUCCUGACAGAGUUGGUAUCUAAAAUGAAAGAUAUGCAGAUGGAUAAGACGGAGUUGGGCUGCUUGCGAGCCAUUGUCCUCUUUAACCCAGAUGCAAAAGGUCUGUCAAACCCACCAGAGGUUGAGGGCCUGAGGGAAAAGGUCUACGCUUCAUUGGAGUCAUACACGAAACAGAAAUACCCAGACCAGCCUGGCAGGUUUGCCAAGCUGCUGCUCCGCCUGCCCGCCUUGCGCUCCAUCGGCCUCAAGUGCCUGGAGCAUCUGUUCUUCUUCAAGCUGAUCGGUGACACGCCCAUCGACACUUUCCUGAUGGAGAUGCUGGAGGCACCGCAUCAGAUCACAUGACACCUGUCCCCCUCUUCCCCCCUGUAUAUACUCCCACAUUGUCAGUGAUAUGAAGAUGGAUUAAAAAGACUUGAUUCAAAUUGUAAAACUACAUAUUUUAUACCAAGCAAAAAAAAAAAGGUUGUUGGGAGGAUUGAGUACACUGUUGAGAUAAAUUCUAAUAGAAUUGUUAACAGAUUUCUUUUGUAAAUAGAUAAUUUCAGGUGUCUGUUUUAAAAGCAACCCAAUGCAAUUUGAAAAUGAAUCAUAUUUUAUUCAAAGAGGAAUUGUAUAAAAACAGAAAACAUUUCUGCAUUUCAUAAAACACAUUUGAGAAUUCUUACAGAAUAAAGUUAUUUAAAAAUGUA